GAAAAUGGUGUCGUCAAGCUGCUAACAGGGUUGUUGCAUUUUUUAUUAUAUUGUAAAGUAGAUUUUGUUUGCUACUUUGCUUUUAACACUUCUGUAUUGAUGCCGAUGAAUUUGGGAAUAGUGUACUUCUCUUUGUUAUGGAGCAAAUUUUCAUGAUAUUUGCAUAGAAAAACGUAAUGCACAAUGUUAUAAUAGUUCAUUUUUUUAAUAUUUUUUCCUUGAAAAUAUGAAUGAUGGUGUCAACCAUUAUAUGAUCUGUUUCUAUUUGAAAGACUGAGAGAAUUCUCAUCAGGCCUUUUAUGUUUUCCUUACCUAUAAAGCAUUGUAAUUUGUAAUAAUUUUUUUUUCUUAUAAGUUUUUCUUGCUUAGUGAAUUACGUUACUUUGCUCAAAAUUUUAAAUUUUGUAAAUUGUAAUACCAAGUGUACAUUGAUUACCAGUGUGUCUACAUAUUCUUUUUUUCAUCUCUUCUGUGUUGUACAAUUUAGUGGUUGCUCUUGUUCUGUUUAAUUUCAUCUUUUCUUUUUGUGGAAUUUAGAGAACAAAGAGUUAUGUAGUUGUUCUAUAAGUUUAAAGGUUGAGGUUAUGAAUUUUGAAUUGUGAAUAAGUUGGUUAAGUAGCACUUUUUUUUACCUUGACCUACUUGGUUUCAACUAGCUAUUUUUUUUUUUGUUUUGCAAGCAGGCAAAUGAAGUCGUGAAAGCAAAUAACUUGUCUGAUGUCGUUGUUGUAUUGCAUGGGCGAGUUGAGGUUAAUAUAUUUCGGGCUUUUUUCCUUAACAAGGUGUUGAUCCAAUUAUGAGCCAACAAGGGUAAUAGGUGAAGCUGGAGAACAGAAUGAAAAACACUUGUCCGUGCUUCCCAUUGAAAUCAUGAAUAUGCGAGUAAGGAACCUCACAAAACCAAAUGUCUUACAUGCAACUGUCUCAGAAGUUUUACGAUGCUUUCAAGCUGUGUGGGUCCCCACCCAUUGCUCGCAAACUUCAUGCCCAACUCAUACUCUCCGGUUUGGAUGCUUCCCUUUUCUUACUCAACAAUCUACUGCACGUGUACUCCAACUGCGGCAUGGUAGACGAUGCUUUUCGCGUUUUCCGCGAGGCCAACCAUGCCAAUAUCUUCACUUGGAACACCAUGCUCCAUGCCUUUUUUGAUUCGGGUCGAAUGAGGGAAGCAGAGAACUUGUUUGAUGAAAUGCCCCUGAUAGUGAGAGACUCCGUUUCAUGGACCACCAUGAUAUCCGGCUAUUGUCAAAACGGCCUCCCUGGUCAUAGCAUCAAAACUUUUAUGUCAAUGCUCCGGGACUCCAAUCAUGACAUUCAAAACUGUGACCCCUUUUCCUAUACUUGUACUAUGAAGGCUUGUGGCUGCCUUGCCUCCACUCGGUUGGCUCUUCAGUUGCAUGCCCAUGUCAUCAAGUUACAUUUGGGAGCCCAAACCUGCAUUCAGAACUCCCUUGUUGAUAUGUAUAUUAAGUGUGGAGCAAUCACUUUGGCUGAGACUAUUUUCCUUAACAUUGAAAGCCCAAGUUUGUUCUGUUGGAACAGUAUGAUUUAUGGAUAUUCUCAAUUAUAUGGACCCUAUGAAGCUCUCCACGUGUUCACCCGAAUGCCUGAACGUGACCAUGUUUCUUGGAACACGCUGAUCUCAGUGUUCUCUCAAUACGGCCAUGGGAUCCGCUGUCUUAGUACGUUUGUGGAGAUGUGCAAUCUGGGGUUUAAGCCCAAUUUCAUGACUUAUGGCAGUGUACUCAGUGCAUGUGCUAGCAUUUCUGAUCUGAAAUGGGGUGCCCAUUUGCAUGCUCGGAUUCUUCGCAUGGAACAUAGCCUGGAUGCGUUUUUGGGAAGUGGUCUCAUAGACAUGUAUGCCAAAUGUGGAUGCUUAGCACUGGCGAGGCGUGUGUUUAACAGUUUAGGGGAACAGAAUCAAGUUUCUUGGACUUGCUUCAUUUCAGGGGUUGCACAGUUUGGACUUGGUGAUGAUGCUUUGGCACUAUUUAACCAAAUGAGGCAGGCUUCUGUGGUGUUGGAUGAAUUCACCCUUGCGACAAUUCUUGGGGUUUGUUCAGGUCAAAAUUAUGCUGCCUCUGGGGAACUACUUCAUGGAUAUGCAAUCAAAAGUGGGAUGGAUUCCUCUGUUCCUGUGGGGAAUGCAAUCAUUACAAUGUAUGCAAGGUGUGGUGAUACUGAGAAAGCUAGUCUUGCAUUUAGAUCAAUGCCACUAAGAGAUACCAUAUCAUGGACGGCCAUGAUCACUGCAUUCUCUCAGAAUGGAGAUAUUGACAGGGCCCGCCAAUGUUUUGAUAUGAUGCCUGAGCGUAAUGUCAUAACUUGGAACUCCAUGUUAAGCACAUAUAUUCAACAUGGCUUCUCGGAAGAAGGGAUGAAGUUGUAUGUUUUGAUGAGAAGCAAAGCAGUCAAACCGGAUUGGGUCACUUUUGCAACAUCUAUCCGGGCCUGCGCUGAUUUGGCUACUAUAAAACUUGGGACACAAGUCGUAUCUCAUGUGACAAAGUUUGGGCUUAGUUCGGAUGUUUCAGUUGCAAACAGUAUUGUCACCAUGUAUUCAAGAUGUGGACAAAUCAAAGAAGCACGGAAAGUUUUUGACUCAAUACAUGUGAAAAACCUGAUUUCCUGGAAUGCCAUGAUGGCAGCAUUUGCUCAAAAUGGUUUAGGCAAUAAAGCAAUCGAAACAUAUGAGGCUAUGUUGAGGACAGAAUGCAAACCUGACCAUAUAAGCUAUGUUGCUGUUUUAUCUGGUUGCAGCCACAUGGGGCUUGUAGUUGAGGGGAAACAUUAUUUUGAUUCCAUGACUCAAGUGUUUGGCAUUUCUCCAACAAAUGAGCACUUUGCUUGUAUGGUAGAUCUGCUUGGCCGAGCAGGGUUACUAAACCAGGCCAAGAAUUUAAUAGACGGAAUGCCUUUUAAGCCAAAUGCCACUGUUUGGGGUGCUCUACUAGGAGCAUGCCGAAUCCAUCACGAUUCAAUACUAGCAGAAACUGCCGCAAAGAAGUUGAUGGAAUUAAAUGUUGAAGAUUCUGGAGGUUAUGUUCUUCUAGCAAAUAUAUAUGCAGAGUCUGGGGAACUAGAAAAUGUUGCUGAUAUGAGAAAGUUAAUGAAAGUGAAAGGAAUUCGAAAGAGUCCAGGUUGUAGCUGGAUAGAGGUUGAUAACAGGGUACAUGUGUUUACUGUAGAUGAAACCAGUCAUCCACAGAUAAACAAGGUAUAUGUAAAACUGGAGGAGAUGAUGAAGAAGAUAGAAGAUACAGGAAGAUACGUUAGUAUCGUCUCUUGUGCCCAUAGGAGUCAGAAAUACCAUAGUGAAAAGCUUGCUUUUGCUUUUGGGUUGCUUAGUUUGCCACCUUGGAUGCCUAUACAAGUAACGAAGAAUCUCCGCGUCUGCAAUGAUUGUCACUUGGUAAUAAAGUUGUUGUCCUUGGUCACCUCAAGGGAACUUAUCAUGAGAGAUGGAUUUCGAUUUCAUCAUUUCAAGGAUGGGUUUUGCUCCUGUCGAGACUACUGGUAGUCUGGUGUACACAUUAUUCUUUUCUAUAUUUUCUUAGUGCUUCCUCUCCCAUUGCUUCUGCUUUAUACCUUUUUCCUUAUGAAAAGCCAACAAUCAUUAUUUUUAAAAAGUAUGUUAUCUGUACUAUAAUUGUUACAUAAAUUAUCCAAAGAUCAUGUCGGUGGCGGCUUGAUAAAAA